AUGUAGAAAAUCAAUGAUAGAAAGAAAAAGCAACCUGAAGUAGUUAGAAGUUCUAAGAAACGUUUCUCAAUUUCAAGAAAAAUUGCAAAUAGAAGAAUGAGCAACUCAAAUUUAUUCUCUUCAGAAGAAAGUAAAAUAAGAAUGUUAGGAAGCAAAAAUUCAGUUUCAUCUAUCAAAAGCAAAAAAAGAAGAUCUUAUCAUAUCUUGUAGUUUUGAUAAAACAAUUAAAUUUUGGAUAAAGUAAAAUGGAUGGAUUUGUUCGCAAACAAUAACAGAUCAUAUUAAUUCUGUUUAUGGGUUAAGUAUGAAUGAUUCAUAGAAUAAAUUGAUUUCUUGUGGAAGUGAUAACUUAAUCUUAAUAAUAGAAUAUUCAUCAUAAGAUAAAAAAUGGUCGAUAAUAUAAAAGAUUAAAGUUGAAAAUUAUGGAAUUAGAAUAUGUUUUAUAGAUGAUAAUAUAUUUACACUUUAACCUUAUUCUAAAGAGUAGAUGCAUAUUUAUGAAUUGAAUAAUACUUACAAAUAGUAUUCAAAGACAAAGGAUUUGAUAGUUAAAUGUGGAUCUGAUGGUGCUUGUCUAUUUCCGUAAUAAUAUAUAAAGCAGAAAUAUCUGCUUGUGAAUAAGAAUGGAUAAAAUAUUAAUUUGAUUAAGAGGAAGGAAAAUGGAGAUUUUAUCACUUAAUAAUCUAUUGAUUUUGGAACAAGUUCUUUAUUUGGAAUAAUGAGUGAUAAUGGAGAAUAUUUAAUUACAUGGGAUGAUAUAUCCAAAGAAAUUUAGAUAAGAAAAUAUUAAGAAAAAUGA